CAGCCCUGACCAAGACGUUUAGACUCCAGCAGGGAAGCGGGGAGGAGGAUAAGGAUUGUAAUUUGUGUUUAAGAAGAUUAACUUUGUAGAAGAGCUCGCUCUCCAUCUGCAGUCUGCCUCACGCAUCCAGUGAUGUUACAAUGACUAAAUCAUUGUUAUCUUGAUUCAAAUCGUGCGUUGAUGACCCAACUGACCGUAAUGAUUUCGCGGGGGUUACCAAGCAUUGCUGGAUUGGCUUGGCCUAGAUGUGUGUUGAAUUGGCAUCGUGAAUGUUAGAGCUGAAACGCUUUACUAGAGGAAAUGAAGACACGACCGAUAGGAAACACUUCCAACGCCGACUGGAUGGGCUCCCUGUGCCCUGCCCUCACAUCCAUGCCCCUCAAACACCUGGCGGUUCCUGGUUCUCAUGAUUCCUUCAGCUUCUGGGUGGAUGAGCAAGCUCCAGUCGGUCCAGACCAGAAAGCAUACGUGAAGCACCUGGCUGCGAUAUUUCGCUUUCUAGCCAAGAAGGUGAUGAAGAAGUGGUCCAUGACUCAAAACCUCACUUUCAGAGAACAGCUCGAGGGAGGAAUACGCUAUUUCGACCUGCGUGUUUCCUCCAAACCGGGAGAACCAGGCCACGAGAUCUACUUCAUACACGGGCUGUUUGGACACAAAGUACGCGAUGGCCUUAUUGACAUUAACAGUUUCUUAAACCUGCACAAGAAAGAGGUUGUUUUUUUAGACUUCAACCAUCAUUAUGCAAUGAGCGAAGAGCAUCAUCUUUACCUAAUCAAGAUGCUGAAGGACGUGUUUGGUCACAAGCUCUGCAAGAUUGACGUGGUGGAGGACAUCACUCUCAACUACCUGUGGGAGAACAAGUACCAGGUCCUAGUGUUUUAUCACCAUCCAUCUGCUGAGGGCUGUCCUGUGAUGUGGCCUGGUAGUAAAAUUCCUGCCCCCUGGGCCAAUACCACAGAUACCUCUAAGCUCAUACAGUUCCUGGAAACAACUCUGGGCGAACGAGCCAAAUACGGCAGCUUUCAUGUGUCUCAGGCCAUUUUAACACCACGUGUCAAGACCAUCGCCAGGGGCCUGGUACGGGGGCUAAGAAACUACCUGGUGGAGAAGAACCUUCCAACCAUAAUGACGUGGGUAGAAGCGCAAAAGCCAGGCGUAGAUGGGGUUAAUAUCAUCACUUCAGACUUCGUAGAACUAGUGGACUUCGCAAACACUGUCAUUAAAUUAAAUAACCUCCUCAUUCAGGAUCGGUUAGGCUCAUGACCUUUUCAUUGACUGCCAUAAAGACUGAAGGUGUGCUGACCAUCAAGACCUUGUGAUGAAACCUAUGGUUAUAUGACUUCUAAAUUGGCUAUUUUAUAUAUUUAAUUCAACAGAGCUUUAAGUGCCAUCAGUCUGAUACCCAUGUCUUGCUAAUUUUGAAACUCAAAAGAUUUUUUUUAUUAUUUCAACACCUGUUCACCUACACUUCAGGUAUUGAAAGAAACUAAUGUGAUUUAGGAUUAAU